GAGGGAGGGAGGGAGGAGUGUACUGAGCUGAGAGAAAUCUGUCAAAUUCAAACACAUCGCUCUCUGUGUGUGUGAUAGAGAAGAGAGGAGGAGAGCUGAGGAACACAUAGAAAGAGAGAGGAAGACCACAGUGUGAGGUCAGUUUACCUAUGGAUCAGCAUUUACACCAGAAGCCCAGGGGAUUCUACAGACACACUGACACCAUUGACAUCCCCACUACAUGCAGCCAACCUAUGCCGAUGCUCUGCACACAGUUGUAGAGGAUCAAACGCCAAGGGGUCAGAGGUGAAAGAUCACAGACUACAGAGUCGGAGCAGGCACUGAGGUCGAAAGGUUUCGGGAGCGGAGACUGUGAGGCCACGGGAAGAAUCGGGGUUCAAGAAGGAAGGUCUCAGUGACAGACAGAGUCAAGGGGUCAAAGAUGAUGACGUCACAUGGAAAACUGAGGAAGGAGAAGGGGAGUCUGGCUGAGUACGAAUCACAGAUGAAAGACCUGCGGGCCCAGCUGACCGACCAGAUCAAGAUUUUAGACUUGCAGGUGGAGGUGAAACAGCAGCAGCUCUCGGACCUCUCUGAGUUUCUUCGGCGUCGAGGUGACAUUGAGGCUGAAUAUGCUCGAGCCCUUGAUAAACUUACUGAGAGAUUCACCCACAAGACUAAGAAGAAGGAGCAAUGGGGCCAAUCUGUGUGUCAGGUCUGGUCUGUUUUACUGACUCAGACUCGUCUGGAGAGCCGGGAACACGCAGCACUCGGUGACACCUGCUGCAACACACUCACGCAGCGGCUGACACACAGUGCGGAGGAUACACACCGUCUGCACAAACGGAGUAAAGAAGUUGGCGUCCAGAUGCAGGAUGAGUUGCUAAAGGUCACUACUGAGCUGCAGACGGCUCUGAAGACAUAUAACCAGUACCACACAGAUUGUCUGAUAGCUGAGGGGAAACUGAAGGAAGCUGAGCGGUUGGAGGAGAGGCAAACCGGCAAGUCAGCUGAGCUCGGCCUCGGCCAAUCAGGAGGACAGAGACGGAGUUCUGUCAAGAAGAUGGAGAGAUUAAUGGAGAAAAGGCAUGGCAGGGUGCAGGAGACCCAGCUGAAGUGUACCAAGGCUCGUAAUGACUACCUGCUCAAUCUAGCAGCAGCCAAUGCAGCCAUGAACAAGUACUAUCUGCAGGAUGUCAGCACUCUCAUCGACUGCUGUGACCUGGGUUUCCAUCUGUCCAUGGAGAGGGUGAUGAAGUGCUACCUGGCCUGUAGAUGGCGCAUCCAGAAGACAGAAGAGACAGGCCUUAAACAGCUGGAGGCCACUGUGACAUCCCUGGACCAGGGUGGAGAUAGAGAUGCGUUGCUACAGCAACACGACGCCGCUUUCUGCCUUCCAUUCAGAUUCAACUAUCACCCACAUGAGGGAGACCAGGUGUGUGAAGUGAGUGCGGAGAGUCAGGUGAGGUACGAGCUGGAGACCAGGUUCCAGCAGCUUCAGUCUCGACUUGCUGCCGUUACCUUGGAAACAGAAGAGGUCAAUAAAACCCUUAAAGCCACACUCACAGCCCUGCUGGACAGUAUGUGUGAAAGUGACUCUAACCCCUCCCCCGAUGUGCUGAGCAGCCUAUCACAGGAGCCCCCUGGAGGAAACACUGCCCCAAAACUUACUCUUGCCAAGCGUCGAGCCAAUCAGCAGGAGACAGAGACCUACUAUUUCACAAAAGUGAAGGAGUUCCUCACCAGCAGUUCUCUGGCCUCCAAACUUCAAGCCAAACAUGACCUUCUACAAGAUGCCAUACAGAAAGCUGAGGCUGUCGACAGUGACCCUUCCAGAAUGCAAUGUGCUCGGUCAGUGCGUGUUCGGAAGUCCAGACCUGUUUCCCAAUUCUGCCACACACUCUUCACCACAGACAUUAUCUCCUACAUACAGAGCUCUGGGCAGCAGAUUCCUGUGGUGGUUGAAAGCUGCAUCCGUUUCAUAAACCUCCAUGGCCUCCACCAUGAAGGGAUAUUCAGAGUUCCUGGUUCACAAAGGGAGGUUAACCUCAUCAGAGAUGCAUUUGAGAGAGGAGAAGAUCCUCUGUCAGACAGUGAGUGUGACCUGGACUCCGUGGCUGGUGUGUUGAAGCUCUACUUCAGAGGCCUUGAGCCUCCUCUCUUCCCUUAUGACAGUUACUCUCAGCUGCUGGAGUGUGUCCAAAUCGAGGAUGUGACAGAGAAAGCUGCCCAGAUUAAAGCGAUUGUUUCCACCUUCCCACGGCCACUCCUCAUUGUGCUGCGAUACCUUUUUGCUUUCCUCAAUCAUGUGUCUCAGUACAGUGAUGAGAACAUGAUGCAGCCCUACAACUUGGCCGUUUGCUUUGGUCCGAGCCUGCUGAGAGGGAUAGAUUCUGAUGACGCUGUUGCUAGGCAGCCACAGGUCAAUGACCUUGUCAAAACUAUGAUCCUCCAACAUGACAUCAUCUUUCCAAGUCAAUCAGAACUGCCGGGCCCUGUUUAUGAGAAGCACAUGACUCUGGAGCAGGAGUACUGUGAACCAAUCACAGAGGAGGGAGAGGGAGAGACUGAGCAUAUGCCCAGCGAGGACGAGUGGGAGGCGGUGGCUAUGUUUGACUACGUGGCAAGAUCUCCAGCUGAGCUGUCCUUCAAGCAGGGAGACCUUCUUAUCCUUCACAGCAAGGCCUCCUGUGAUUGGUGGAGAGGCGAAGUAGGAGGGGUCAAGGGCCUCAUUCCUCACAAAUACAUCAGUGUACUGGAAGGGUCAGAGCGAGGGAAAAGAGAGGAAGGAGGAGGAGGAGGAGGAGGCAGCACUGGAAACCUGUCAGCAGAAGAUCCACAGACAGAGAAUACAACUCGGAUGCGGGUAAACAGUGACAGCGCUUCGUUGCCUGGGAGACAGAGAGGAAGUGAGGGGAGUCCCAGUCGAAAGCCACCAACCUCCCCUGCCACCCGACACCUGCCAGUGUCUCAGGAGCGAAGACACACUUUGGACACUGUGAGACAGGGUGGCUUCAGACCCACAGACAGACCAUCAUUUGGUCAGACAGAGAGAAUAGUCGUUGAUAAGGAGAUGAUCAACCGUCAGAUGAACUCCGUGUUCAAGGAGCUCCUGUCUCGCCAGCCUCCCGUGCAGCAGUCCACCCUUGCCACCCCUGUCGCUCCUGCUCCCUCGUCCUCCUCCUCGUCCUCCUCUUCUUCCUCUCUUCCUCAAGCUGCCCCUGCUGCCAAAAAAGUAGGAUUUGGCAUCAGAGGGCGUGCCCUAUUCAGACCCGUGGACUAAGAGAGUGGAGAGGAGGACUGGAAUUAUUGGUUCUUUGACAUUGGUUAUUUGACGAGAAUGAUUAUGCUGAUGCCGAUGACACAUUCGGUGAAGAUCUCGAUUUAUUUUUUUGACACGUGUAUAAUAAUCGCGUCUCUGCCAUCUCAUAGUGCCACUAGUCUCGGUGCCGUGUUAUUGUAUGUCCAGUGUAUCUGUUUUUCAGCUGAUUUUUAGUCUUUUCAUGUUCUGGUCUGUUUUUGUUCUCCAGGCUUUUGCAAUUUUUGGAGAAUCAGGGAUGUGACAUUGCCAGUGAUAUCACCAGACUGACUUUUUAAAGUGGUUGCCAUGAUAAAAUAACAACAAAAGGCUUAAGCUGCCUCCUAGUGGCUCACCCUUAUAAUGUUUAUUUUACUUUAAAAAAGAAAAUUAAUCUUGGGCCUGAGUGCCUUCACAUUCUUCACAUUUAUUUCACUUGAAAAAGAACUGAUAGGUUUGAACUCUGCAUAUUAUACUGAAAAGAAAAUGGGAUCUUUGAAGAUGUUUAUGGAACCCCAGAGUGUUCAAUAUUAAAUAAUGAAAUGAUUAAAUAAUCAUAUAGAUAUAAAAUGUAAAGCAAAUAUGCAGAAACCAACAUUUGGGAAAUAACUGAAGAACUUUUCAAAACUCAACUCAUUAUUUUGAAAUGUCUUGUGAUCAUUAUUUUUAGUAAUAACCUAUUUUGCCCCUUUUCAAAGAACUUACUUCAUAAAGACAUUUUACUUCAUGCCAAGAUUUAUUUUAUGUUGUCCCUUUUCAUGACAGUGCUGAUGUCGCCUCUCACCUUUGAGCCAAUCCCCCUGUCUCUUAACAUAGCAAAUUUGUGCUACAAGAUUAGCAGUUAGCUCCUGUCAACAAUAAAAUGUUACUCUGAAUCUGCUAACUACAGGUUGCUGCUGUAAAUAAACAGCACACAGACACAAUAACUAAACUUCUGUAGCCUUUGAGCCUAAUCAGGCUGCUGUCACUACUGACUUAAUAGGCCAACUUGGUAAACUUGUGAUUUUAAAGCCAACGGAGAUAGCAGUGUUACCUAGCUAAAAUGCAACAGUGAAUGUUAGCUAACACCCACUGCUGCCAUUAAUAUUGUAUGCUCACUUUAAUGCUGAGGGAGAUGUUAGUUUCUGUGUUUUGUGUGUACUGUGUUUAUUUACAGUAGAAGCCAGUUAGUUGAUUCAGAAAUGCUUUAAUGUCGUUGUUACCUUAGCUAAUAGAAACUAACUGGCUCUGAUAGCAGUUGUUGAGCUUGCAGGGGAUACACUACUGCUAUGAAAAAUUAUGAACAGUGGCGAUAUAAACAUUUCUAAUAUGAAAUAAAAAUGAAGUUUUAGAAAAGUCUGUUACCCCGAUGUCAUCACUUAUGAAAAUAAGUGAAUAAAAUAUUACACAAUGAUUGAGUUUUUAAACAUUUCUUAAAUUAUUAAAAAAAAAGAUUGUUUCAUUUACAUUUACAGAAAGUAUUCAGAGGAAUAUUUUAUAAUUAAUUUUUGUUUGAACAUUUUGGGGCCUGACAGAUGUUAGCUGGGAAAACCAUAAACAGCAAAGCCAGUACUUUAUAGUAGCAUGCAGUGUUAGCACACAUAAAACACACAUAGACCAAGAUGAAAAAUUCCCCUUCAUAUGUGACACAAGGUCUGAUAAACAGGCCAAUACUCAGGGCUUUUGCAGAGGUAGAGACAGGGCCAACUCAGGUUUGGCUUUGCAGAAAAAAGUAAGAGUUUCUCACUCAGGGCUUUGGUUGUCUUACCCUUCAGCUGGAAACUGUGCCCUAGCCUGAAGAGCCAAAAUGGCCCCCAUAUCAGAGAGGACUGCGUGAUCUUUUCUGGUUUAAACUGUGAAUGCAAUGGUGAAAUUUUGGAGCCAUGGUUGAAACUCUUGUCUCAUUCAUCCACACAUUUUGGCCACAUGACUAUAUCUAGAACCAUCCACAGGUCCCAUUUGAAGGUCUGUUUCAGGAUUUUUGAAGUGCAAUGUACAAUUACUUUAAGUCCAAAAGCAUUUCAAAUGUUUUUACAUAUGGCAUCUCCCCUCUGUUGUGUUUCAGUAUUGGAAAUAUAGAUGUAGAAUCCUUUUAUAAUUGAUUCUGCUUCUAUAAUUAAAACACCUUGCCUGAUAUCAGACUGAAUUGUCAACUCGUUACAGAGUGGAUUGAUUCAAAGGUCUGGGUCCAGGCAAUAUAAACACCCUGUUAUUCUGGAUCUGUUUGAUGAUGUCACUAAAUUUACUGUGUCCAAUUGUGUAUGUGGUUUAAAAAAAUGUGAAUACAAUAAAGAUGAUAAAAUGAUGAAUGAUCAA